ACCGCUUUUGUGUGCCCAAACGAGAACCUCGAAAAAUCACAAGUUGGAUUCUUCUCGUACACGCUUCUUUGAAAUUGCAGGUUAUACUGGCUUGUAGAGCCCAAAGUCGUCAAGAUGGUUAAUAUUACGGAAAAGAUCAAGGAGAUUGAGGAUGAGAUGAGGAGGACGCAGAAAAAUAAGGCGACUGAAUAUCAUCUUGGACUUCUCAAAGGAAAACUCGCCCGUUACCGCGCCCAACUUCUCGAGCCCGGUCCAGGAGCUGGAGGAGCUGGUGGCACAGGUUUCGACGUAUCCAAAUCCGGAGAUGCGCGAAUUGCCCUAGUGGGUUUCCCAUCUGUGGGAAAAUCUACUUUCUUGUCCAAGAUUACCAAGACGAAAUCUGUCGUGGCGGCUUAUUCGUUUACGACGCUAACGGCUAUUCCUGGUGUAUUGGAGUAUGGAGGGGCGGAGAUUCAGAUUCUGGAUUUGCCGGGUAUUAUUGAGGGGGCGGCAGAGGGAAAGGGUAGAGGAAGACAGGUUAUUAGUGCGGCGAAGACGAGUGAUUUGAUUUUGAUGGUUUUGGAUGCUACGAAGAAGGCGGAGCAGAGAGCGUUGUUGGAGGCGGAAUUGGAAGCUGUUGGGAUUAGGCUGAACAGGGAACCACCAAACAUCUACCUCAAACCUAAAGCCGCUGGCGGCAUGAAAAUCACCUUCCAAACACCACCCAAAUAUAUCGAUCAGAAGAUGAUCUACAACAUUCUCCGAGACUACAAAAUUCUUAACUGCGAAGUUCUCGUUCGAGAUGAAUACUGCACCGUCGAUGAUUUCAUCGACGUCAUCAUGAAAGACCAUCGCAAAUACAUCAAAUGUCUAUACGUCUACAACAAAAUCGACAGCGUCUCUCUCGAUUUCCUCGACAAACUCGCUCGGGAACCCCACACCGUCGUUAUGUCUUGCGAAAUGGAUCUCGGCAUUCGCGAUGUUGUUGAUCGCUGCUGGGAAGAAUUGAAACUCAUUCGUAUCUAUACGAAGAGGAAGGGAGUAGAUCCGGAUUUCUCGGAAGCGUUGAUUGUAAGGAGUGGAUCGCGGAUUGAAGAUGUUUGUGAUCAGAUUCAUAGGACCUUGAAGGAUACUUUUAAAUAUGCGUUGGUUUGGGGAGCGAGCGCGAGACAUGUGCCCCAGAGAGUGGGGUUGGGUCAUUUUGUGGCGGAUGAGGAUGUCAUUAGUAUUGUUAGUGCCUUUAAGGCUUAGGGGUGGUUGUGAGGGAUCGAAUACAUGAGAUGUUGAUGAAUGGUUGGGUUUGAGAUGGCUUUCUGCUGUGCUAUGUGUAUGUCGUGUUGAUGAAAUU